UGGUCUCGUGUCAUCUCCACAUCGCCGGAGAAGAAGACGAUGAUGACGUCGACGACGAUGGCGAGGCCCACGACGUUGCUGGCGUGCUGCAAGCUCUACAUCUCCGAGAGCCGCAACGACGCCGCCCUGCGCGCCAUCGAGCAGGCGGCGCGCGGCGGCGGCGGCGGCGCCGUCGUCGUCAACCGCUUCACCGACGACGCCUACAACCGGGUGGGCUACACGCUCGUCGCGCCGCUCACCCCCUCACCGGCGCCGCCGCCGCUCCGGCACGCCGUGCUCGGCAUGGUCAGGGCGGCGCUGGAGGCCAUCGACUUCGGCGCCCACGCCGGCACGCACCCGCGCCUCGGCGCCGUCGACCACAUCUGCUUCCACCCCCUCGCCCAUGCCUCCCUCCGCCACGUCGCCGACCUCGCCGGAGCCGUGGCCGCCGACAUCGGAGACGAGCUCCAAGUGCCGACGUUUCUGUACGGCGCGGCGCACCGGGAGGGGAGGACGCUGGCCUCCAUCAGGAGGCAGCUCGGCUACUUCAAGCCCAACUCCUCCGGCGACCAAUGGCGGGGAGCGCCGGAGACGGACGCCCUGCCCGUCGCCCCUGACGCCGGGCCGGAGAGGCCGCCGAGAUCCAAGGGCGUGGUGGUCGUCGGCGCCACCAGCUGGGUCGACAACUACAACGUGCCCGUCCACACCGGCGACGUGGAGGCGGCGAGGCGGAUCGCCCGCGCCGUCAGCGAGCGCGGCGGCGGGCUCCCGUCCGUGCAGGCGAUGGGGCUCGCGCACGGCGGCGGCGUCGUGGAGGUCGCCUGCAACCUGCUCGACCCGGCGAGGGUCGGGGCCGAGCAGGUGCAGGGCAUGGUGGAGCGGCUCGCCGCCGGCGAGGGCCUCUCCGUCGGCAAGGGAUAUUUCACUGAUUUUUCCCAGGAUAAAAUCGUCGACUUAUACUUCAGAUCAGCAGCCAACACUGAGGGUUAACUGCAGCGCGAGUGAAAAGUAAAUCUUUACAGAAAUAAAUUUGAUAUGAUUUCACAGAAACAA